AUGUCUGAACGAAAAGUAUUGACCAAAUACUACCCACCGGACUUUGAUCCGUCUGCGAUCACGCGAACGAAAAAGGUUCCGGGUGCGAAGGUCAAGCUCUUGACGGUGCGCCUGAUGGCACCUUUCUCUAUGCGCUGCACCAGCUGUGGUGAAUAUAUAUACAAGGGCCGAAAGUUCAACGCACGAAAGGAAACGACGGAGGAGAAAUAUUUAUCUAUAACCAUCUAUCGAUUCUAUAUACGAUGCACAAGAUGCUCCGGUGAAAUCACAUUCAAAACGGACCCUAAGAAUAUGGACUAUGUCUGCGAACGAGGCGCAAAACGAAAUUUCGAGCCCUGGCGCACCAACGCUACCAACCACCAAGACGAAACCGAGCAAGAGGUCCUCGAUCGCCUCGAGCGCGAGGAAAACGAAGAACGCGAACAACUAGAACGUGACAAAAUGGCCGAACUCGAAGAAAAAAUGCUGGACUCUAAACGCGAAAUGGCCGUUGCAGACGCACUCGACGAGAUUCGUACGCGAAACGCACGCAUUGAACGAGGCGAGGCUCGAGGGGAAGAGGUUGCUCUAGCCAAUGUGGUAGACGAAGCUGACGAAGCUCGUCUUCGGGCCGAAAAGGAGGAUGAGGAGGCUGCUCGUCGGGCUUUUAUGACAUCGACUGGCGAGAAAGUAAAGCGCUUAGUCGAGGAUGACGAAGCAGAUCACGCCGCCGCCGUCGACGACAAACCGAAGAAUGUCACACCUGCAGCGCCAUCUUUCACGAGAACGAAAAAGCCUAAAAAGCCAUUUUCGGCAGGCUUAGGGAUCAAGAAAAAGACGUCUCUAGUUUAA